AUGAGUCCCCCCGCCAUAAUCGCCCCCUCAAUCCUGAGCGCCGACUUUGCCCAACUUGGCCCCGAAUGCGCGACAACCAUGGAGCGGGGCGCCGACUGGCUGCACGUUGAUAUUAUGGAUGGCCAUUUCGUGCCUAAUAUGACUUUCGGGGCGCCUGUUGUUACGAAGAUUCGAUCGCAUGUUGCGAAGCCUGCUACACCGGGGGAGAGGGGGACGUUUGAUUGUCAUAUGAUGAUUGCUGAGCCCCAAAAAUGGGUCUCAGAAUUCAAAUCCGCCGGUUGCGACCUGUACUGCUUCCACUACGAAGCCGCCAUCUCCUCCACCGCCGCCAAAGACCCCGCCGAUUACACAACCACCACCAAGACCUCACCCAAGGAGUUGAUUCGAUACAUUCAUGAGUCUGGGAUGAAGGCCGGUAUAGCUAUUAAACCAGACACGAAAGUGGAUGUGUUGUGGGAUAUUCUUGAAAAUGAGACGGAGAUUGAGAGGCCUGAUAUGGUAUUGGUAAUGACGGUCCACCCCGGCUUCGGCGGGCAAAAAUUUAUGGCCUCUGAACUGCCCAAAGUCACUGCUUUGAGGCAGCGAUACCCGAAUCUCAACAUCGAGGUUGAUGGUGGUCUGGGUUUGGGGACGAUCGAUCAAGCGGCUGAUGCGGGCGCGAAUGUGAUUGUUGCUGGGUCCGCGGUGUUUGGGGCCAAGGAUCCGGCGGAAGUUAUACAGAAGUUGAGGGACGCUGUUGAGAAAAGAAGGUCUUGA